AUGGAGGGCUUCCAGUCCGCCUGCCCUCCGCUCGUGCUGUGUGCCCCCGCAGCGGCUAUGGCUGCGGCCCCGGGGGGCGUCUGCUGGGCCAAGCGGGAGACUCGAUUCGUCACGCCGCGCGGCCUCAACUACCUGGAACUGUGCAAAGCCAUCCUGGCUCAGGCAGGGCCGGCCACCGUCACCUGUACCCGGGAGUGCGGCGUGCAGGUAAACGCCAAAGUAGACAAGACGGUGCAGUGCUCCCUGGGGCCCAAGACGCUGCUCGGCCAGGGGGAGGGCGACCGCCUCCAGUCUGAAGAAGAAGAGGAGGAGGAGGAGGAGGAGCUGUGCGUGGGCGGUCAGGCGUCCUGCACGCCGCCUCCGGUGAGCCAGUUCUUCCUCACCACCCGGCCGGUGUCCAUCUACUCGCGUGUUUUCGAUCGCCGCGAGUCACGUGAGAAGGCGGAGGUGCGGGAGCAGGAGGGAGAGGAAGGAGGCGAACAUCCAGAUGACGACCACAAGCCUCCGGUACAUCAAGACAACAAGGGCUCCAAUUUACAGUUUCUGGAGCAGAAGUACGGCUUCUUCCACUGCAAAAAGUGUAACAUCCGGUGGGAGAGUGCUUACGUGUGGUGCAUCUCUGGAACCAACAAGGUGUACUACAAGCAGCUCUGCCGGAAGUGUCAAGUUGGCUUCAACCCCUACAGAGUGGAAUCCAUUAUAUGCAAGGGCUGCUCGGAGACGUGCUGCAUCUGCGAGAAGAAGCAGAGGCACAUCAACAUGACCCGGCCUCACCGGCAGGAUCUGUGCUGCCGAUGUCGAGGCAUGAAGCUCUCCUGUGACGCCACCUACAGCUUCAAGUAUAUCUUUUGA